AUGAGUGGUCGACGCCACGACACCUCCACAUCCGAUGUGGCAUCGGAUCUCGAUCUAGACACCUCUUUCGAUAUUCCCGUCAUAGAGACCGAAGAAUCACUGUUCGAUGUGAUUUCCAAAUUAUCCCAUUUCAUUAACAUGGCUGUUGGCGAGAUGGCCUAUUCGUUUGAGCAAAUGAGAUACGGAGCCCGAGGACACCAUCUCAGACAACUGGUCCAUGCACUGGCACAGGAUAGCCAUAACCCUUUUAUCAUAGUUGCCUUGAUGAUACUGAAAUGGGAAUUUUCCAACGUCGCCGAGGACGAUUGGGGACUGAACGAAAGCCGAGGGGCAGCGUGCGAGUUCGUCGCCUGGCAGUUUCUUUGUCACCUGAAUCAACGAGAAACGAUCGAGUUCCUCUUGGAAGAGCUUCCAAGCCCCAGACGCAAGUCGACAAAUCUUAUGGAAGUGGAAACGGGUACACCCUGUCUUACUAGGGACUCGACAGAGUCCACUCCUCUUCUAUCGGGUGCUUCUACAUCAGGUCGCCAAUCAGAGAUCGGCAAACAAGGCUCCGAGAACCAGACUCGUCGGGCGUGUCUGGGUACUCAGACUGAAUAUCCGGAGGAUUGCAAUGCCUCGAGAUACUCGAGAUUCUUUGGGCUGAAUGCGCUGGAAGUUGCAGCUGUUGCAGGUGCGAAGAGGUUCCUGAGCCAGCGGGUCGUUCAACGCGUAGUCAACGACAUUUGGAAUGGCGAAAUUGUGUUCUGGGAUUCUCUCACGGUUCAUUCAAUCAAGAGGCCGCAAAUUUUCAACAGGAAAACGGCAGAUCCCUAUUCGCGGCUACGAGUUCCAGUCUACCGCAAGAUGUUUGAAGCAGGCUUCUUCAUCUCAUUCUUGAUGCUGUACUAUUCAGUACUCGUCGAGCGCAACCCGAAUGGCCUUGGGUUCUUCGAGAUCUUCAUGGACGUUUGGAUCGUCGCCUUUGCUUAUGAUGAAUUGAGCGGGCUCGUCGAUGCUGGUAUGCUAUUUUACCAGAUGGAUUUCUGGAGCCUGUGGGAUCUCGGAAUCAUUGGCGUCGGAUUCGCUUUCAUCAUCACCAGGGCCAUCGGGCUAGCCAGGGGUGAUGACUACAUUCUCGAUACUUCAUUUGAUAUCCUCUCCCUGGAGGCGUUGUUCCUUGUGCCAAGGAUCUGCUCACUCGUGAGCCUGAACUCAUACUUUGGCAGUCUGAUACCAGUACUGAAAGAGAUGACCAAAGCAUUCUUCCGAUUCUUGCCAGUCGUGAUAGUCUUGUAUAUUGGGUUUCUCACCACGUUCACUAUGCUGGCCCGUGACCGCUUAUCCCUCAAGCAAAUGUCGUGGAUGCUCGUCAAGGUGUUCUUCGGAUCGGGCUCUCUUGGUUUAGAUAGUGCAUCGGAUAUCUCCCCGAUCUUCGGCUAUGGCUUGAUGAUGAUUUUCGUCGCUAUGACCAACAUCUUGCUCCUCUCUUCGCUGAUUAGUUUGAUGAGCAUGAGUCUAGAAGGAGUGAUGCGACACGCCCGUGAGGAAUACCUGUUCCAGUUGUCCGUCUACGUCUUGGAGAGCAGUAAUUCCCGGCGUCUGACGUAUUUCAUGCCGCCCCUGAAUCUAAUUCCCCUCCUCUGCAUCCGCCCUAUGCGACUUUUUCUAUCGGCGGGGUCCGUUCGUCGAGUCCGCAUUAUGCUGCUUCGGGCAACCCACUUGCCAUUUGUCAUGAUGAUAUGGGCUUAUGAAUCUAGCCGAAGACAACUCCAUCGGCCGACUACCCGCCUCCCCCCAGUCUCCACGGCACGAGCUCAUGGUACUUUGGGCGGCGAACCGAGUGUCUCGAGAUCCCAGGAUCCACUCCACUCCCCUAUCACUGAAACUCGGCGAAUGGAUCAUCCUCAGCAUCGGCAAAUCAGCGUUGACAUGCAUGAUUCGCGCGAAGCAACAAUGGCGCGGGCCGAAAAGGCACAGAUGGCGGAGAUCCUGAACGUUGUGGAUCAACUUCGAGAGCAGGUGGAGCGCGUAACGACUGGGCUUUCCGCGCAGAAAGGGGGCUGA